CAUACAUCCUAUCUGAAUCUACUGCAAAAUAAGAUUUUCAAACAACAUCUGCUGACUCUUGUCCUCUCUCUCUCUCUCUCUCUCUCUCCUUUGCUCAAUAGUAAAGCCUUUUUUUGUUUCCCUUCAUUUUCCACCACUUUCUGAGCCACUUUCCGGCAAAAAAAACUGGAUCAGAUUUAAUUGGUAGAAAAUAGAUGGCAAAUAGGGAAGAUGAGGGUUUCUAUCAUAGCCUUUCAAGGAAAGAGCUUCAAGGCUUGUGUAAGAAAUAUGGUUUACCUGCCAAUAGGUCGAGUUCCGAUAUGGCUAAAUCACUGGCCUCUUAUCUACAGAACCAGGGAUUGGUUUCAAUGACCGCAGGAGAAAGAUUAUACGGUAUUCAAGAGGCUGGACUUCCUUUGUCCCUGAAACUACAACUGCAGCCUGGAGCAUCAUUAAACUCUUUCAGGGAUGCUGGAAAAGAUUGCUAUGGACUCAUCUCUUGUCCCAUAGACUGGUGUAAUGGAGGGAAUUAUACUCAAGCUGUUAAAUGUAAUGCAUUGGGUUGUUGUGCAGGGGAUAAAUUUUAUCUAAAGGAUGGCUAUGGUGAUGGCUCUAUAUUUUUCCAGCAAACACCACAUUCUCAGUUCGUUACUCAAUAUGAUAACAGUGGUUUUAAGAAUAAAGAGUUCGCAACAAUAUGCUUCAAUAGAAAUUGUUUGAGUUUCACAAGUGAUGGAAGGAUGAACAGUAUCCCUCAAAUUGAACACAAAGACACAAAUGUUGGUGCUUGUUCUAAUAAGACUGCCUUUCCUUCCUCGAUAAAUACUCCAGUGGUUUCUCCCUCUCCUUUUCAGUUUCAUGUCAGCUCAGAAGAGGGAAUUAACCUUUAUGUUGAUUUAAAUUCAAAGCCAUCAGAGUGGGUUGAGAAAUUGAAAAGUGAGGUUUCUAUAUGCCAGAAUAUGUCCCAUGGCAAAUAUCAGACUUUUCAUAAGGAGCUUGGGCGCUUUGGAGAGAACAGUAAACAGAUUAAAAGUUUUUUUCAGUUGAAUGUAGAUGCAGGGAAACAAAAGGAUGGCCAUGUACACUCUGGAUUGCCCCCAAGUUUGAUCAUAAAAGAAAAUAAUCCAUUGCAGCUUGAUCAUCCAGAUGGAGAUGAUGGAUCCUUGGGCUCUACUGUAAUGACACCAUGUGCCAUAGCUGUAGAUGUGUCAGAGCAUUUAGAAGGAGAUCAAGGACUGACCUUAUUUAAAGUUCGUCCUGAAUCCCGGGAGCAAAUCAUUCCUGGCGGUGCAUCCUCUGCCAAAGAUGGGUGUUUGAUAACUCUUAAUUCAAAUAUUAAUUCUCCUAUGAAGAAGUUAGCCAGUGAUGCUGUAUUAAAUAUAUCAGAUGGUCCACUAAAUCUUCUCACAAUGGAGCAUCAGAAUUCUAAACUUGAAAAUGACAUAUGUGAGAAUUCUACCCUGCAAAAUAGUUGUAAUCUUUUGAGUCCUGGUGGAAUAAUACCUGGAUGCCUGCCGGAUGGUUCAUGGCAGAUGCCAAUUGUUCACCAGAAAGAUGCAUUAGAUUCACCUUGCGAAGCUAGUGAACUUGUGGAUUUGGUUGUUCCAAAGCACAAUAUUUAUGCAGAACAAGUUGGUAGGUGGAUCAACUGAGCUUGAUCAAGAGACGUAUAGGAACCGGCUGCCAACAUUAGUUGAAGAACAGGAUAGGAGCAAAAUUAUUAAUUGGGGAGAGAGUUCGGAUUAAUUAUCCUUCUUAAUUUAAUUAUGUACUAGGGAAUAUUUAUUUUAUGUGUUGAUUUGAGUGCAUAAUUGCCGUUUCCAGACGCUCACAAGAUGAGUAAUUUGAAAAUUUUGGAGGGCUUGAAACAUUGAAUCUAAUGGACUUGGCAAAAAGAGGGCAUAUAUUGAUGGCAAUCAAAAUGAUUGUAGCAUGCUUGAUGCCAAGAUUUUAAGAAGCACAAACCAUCUGGUUAGGAAGGUCCUUCUCCAAGUGAGUUUGUGAAGUCUGUGCGGGCCAAAUUCAAAGCAUUGGUUUCAGUUCAUGUCAGGAAUUCAAUAUCGCAAAGCCGAUUAUUGUCUAUAGUUGCUUCAUUCUUUGGAUAACAGUUCUUCUCACAGACAUAAUAAAGUGACAAAGGUAUUAUCAUUCAAGUUGUUUGGUGCCUCCUAAUUUUUGUUCUCUUACAGCAAAUUUUCAAAGCAAACCAUAAAUUUUGAAAAGUGAUGCAUAAAUAAAGAUUAUUUCUUUCUGCUAAUGCCGAUGUCGUUGUAGUUAAGUUUAUUCCCCACAGAUUCCUUUUAAACCUCUAUAUUUGUAGAUUUUUCUGGGUUUUUAAUCCUUCCGUCCUUCAAACAAAUAGGGUUUCGUCACAGUCAAAUUUCAGCUUUGUUCAAUAUUUUUGCUGUGGAUUAAUUUUGUUAGCCCCUUGAAUUUGUUGGGUUUAUUUGCUUCACUGUCUAUCCAACUUCGCAUCAGUGAAGUACACAAUAAUGGUGAGAGAAGGAUGGUCUAAAAUUAUAUAUAUAUAUAUAUUGGCAAUGCUAACAUUU